UCUACAAACCGGAUGUGAGGAGACGACAUUUAAAGGUCUACUUUGACCUUUCUCUUCGGCGUAUACGUACACGUACCAACCGGUUUCUUAAACGAUGACUUACUGAAAGCUCACGUUGGUUCACGUCUUGGAAGUUCAUGUAAUACGUUCAUCGCUGUUGAGUCAUAGUGUCAGUUCGAGAUCGAUCAGUGUAUAAAAUUACUCUAGCUGCAGACAUUGUUUAUUCGUUUUCUGCGUAGAGUGAAAUUUGUUUACCUUGUAUUCGAUCUAGUUUAUAUACAUUGUUGUCUUUAAAAUACACUACGAUUGAACACAACUGUCUUUGAAUAAUUUGUGUAUUGUCUACGUUUCCAGGUAUCAGCGCCAUAAUUUUGUGGUAAUGGAUGUCAAUUUGAGUGGUCAAGCAGAAGAAAUGGACAGUGGUAGUCAGCCAUCUGCAGAGGAAUUAUAUGCGGUUUCAGCAAGUUUGAAUUCUCCAGCCGCAAAAGUAUCACAUUUUAGUUGCAGCAAAUGCAUUUGUCAUUCCAGCUGGAAAGUUCUGAGUGGUUCAGACACAAAGUUAGUAGCAAUUUCUCGGCAGAGUUGGAUUCGCUUGCAUGAAGUAGCCACCAUCCGAGGAGACGGGUUGCUUGAGUUCUUCUCAAAUUGUGCAGUGACACAAACUGAUCCACCAAGCUAGAGGUUUCUACAAUCGAAAGUGUUACCCUGAAUACACAAAUAAAGUUAACAUUGAGCGGUUUAUUCGAAAGCUGCAACCUAUAGCUACUGUGGUGCAAAAUGCAACGGCUAGCCACACAACUUUGUCUUCUCAGGAAAGAUCAAGAAGAAGCGCAAUUCCAUCAACAAAUUUUGCUUGGUGCGUCAUUUGCCAACGGAACACCAGCAAAUAGAAGCGGUCACAAUUCCGUCUGAGCGAGUGCCAGCUGGAUAUUGGUGCAUCCAGACUACACGAAGUUGCAGAGAUUAAACACGACCAACGCAUCAAACUUGCUUUGAGAGGCAAGACCUUUUGCUAAAGAAGUGAAGUACCACAAGACUUGUUACAAACGAUUGACGCGGUGCGUUGAUCAAGUAAGCUUGACAAAGAAACUGAAUAAGAUGCUGCUCACCCUGCUGCUGGUCAUAGAUCAUCUCGUAUUGAUUUUGUUGUAGACACCUAUCCAUCAGUUUCUACAAAGGCAUACGAGAGGGCUUCUCGCUCUACAGCUGGAACAAUACGUGUCAAGAUUUUCGAUGGUCAACAGUCUUGUCCUAAGCAAUGAAAAAUAAUUCUUUCAGCAGACGAAAACAAGUUAGAGCUUGUAUAUUUUUUGGUACAGAUGUGUGGCAGCAGUAGGUAUGCCGAACGGCUAUAUGGUGUGCAGCUAUUCGUCUGUCAUCGACAACUCUGCAGCCUUCUUACAUCAGAAGAUGCUUCCGCAGCCCUUGUUUUUUCGGUACCAGCUCUUACUUCAGAUCAUGAAGAGGCCGACAGUCGCAUUUUCUUACAUGCCAACAUGCAUCAAAUGGUGGCUUUACCUGUGUUGUCAUAUCCUCUCCUGACACCGACGUAGCAGUGAUAGGAAUCCAUCAUGCCAAUGCCAUCAACGCAUCAUUGCUAUGGCUCACUAGCACAAAGGUAAGUACGACGCGGUUGCAUUAAUCUCACGGAAAUCGCUCUCAAUUUAGGCGAAGACAUGUCUGCUGCGCUCUCUGGCAUACACGCUUUUUCUGGCUGCGACACGACGAAUGCCUUUGCUGGAAAAGGCAAAAAAAAUAUUUUUCGAUUAGCUUCUCAAAGCGACUGUUUACGUCCUGCGAUGACCAGAAUAGGAUGCAGCUAGACUAUGACUGAAGAGUUGUUUAGUGAAUGUGAGAAGUUUGUAUGCCAUCUUUACGGUUUGCCAACAUGUACCAGUGUCAACGAGGUUCGGUACGAGUUAUUUCGCAUAAUGGUCGAAGCACAGCAGAUGCCACCAACUCAAGAUGCUCUUCGGCAGCAUGUAUUACGGGUUAGUUAUCAAAGUUUUGUAUGGAAAAAUGCUUUGUACUCUAUGCAGAAUAUGCCUAGUCCGCACGGUCACGGAUGGAUUGUUGAAACUGAUGAAAACGGUUCUCACUUACAUGUCUGCUGGAUGACACAGCUUCAUGCCCCAAAAGCGCUGUUGGAGCUGGUAAGCUGCAAGUGCAAUGUCGGAUUUACUGCACAGCAAUGUUCGUGUCUUCGUGCUGCUUUGUGCUGUACCGAUUCAUGUGGUUGCAGAAAUUGCAAGAAUUCGAGCAAGCAAAUAGACCUUCCUAGUCCAGUACUAUUGGAAGAAGAAACUCCUGAAUCUGACAUUCCGACUGAUGAUAGCGAUAAUGAUGACUAUAGUGAUAGCGAAUAAGUGAUCAAGUGUAUGAUUGCAAGCACGCUCGAAUAAAUUCAAUUAUUUUACUCUAGUAGAUCAAGUUAUUUCUAGAAGCAAAUUGAUGCAAUAAAAAUUUGAAACAGAUUAAAGUGCAAUACGAAAAAUAUAAACAUAAUGUUG